AUUGAUACAUCCUACCGCGAUACUUUUGCUUUGAAAGGUUGGUCCUAUGUCGAAUACUCUCCUGCUUCAGGCGUGACGGGAAACACAACUGCAAGGACAGUUCAAGCUUCUCGAGCCAGCGCUGCGUUUAUUGUCUCAGUUAUUCUCCAGGCUAAGUGACUUAACGCUAAUCGGGGACUAAAUCAACACUUGAACUGGUGCUGAGUCGUUUUCUCGGUCCGCAGGGAGCUCCUGGGGGAGGUCCCACCAUGGGGAGUCCGCGUCUCCUCUUAAUUCCAGCACUGCUGCUCCUCCUGGCCCUUCCCUACUCCAAGGGACGCUACAACGAAGAAUUUGAUGAUGGCGAGGACCUUGCAGACUUUGAUGACAAUGACUUCGCUGAGUUCGAGGACAUGAACGACGAUUCAGCAGCUGAGGCAGAAACUGCCCCUCCGUCUCGCGCCUCACUGGCCUCGCAGCCCGAAGAGGAUGAGGAUGAAGAUGAAGCCACCGUGGAGCUGGAGGAUGGCCUGGAUGGGGAUGGCUUUGAGGACUCCGAGACUCAGGAUCAAGACAUGUACAGUAAAUACGACCAGGAGGAGUUUGAGGGAAUUGGAGACAUGGAGAAGACGGGCCACUCCAUGAAGGACCCCCUCAUAAUCCACACGGUUCCUGCACAUCUGCAGAACAGCUGGGAGAGUUACUACAUGGAGAUCUUGAUGGUCACCGGACUGUUGGCCUACAUCAUGAACUACCUCAUUGGCAAGAACAAGAACAGUCGCCUCGCUCAGGCCUGGUUCGACUCACACAGGGAGCUUCUAGAGAGCAACUUUUCACUAGUGGGUGAUGACGGCACCAGUAAAGAAGGAGUGAGCACUGGGAAGCUGAAUCAGGAAAAUGAGCACAUCUACAACCUGUGGUGCUCCGGACGUGUGUGCUGUGAAGGCAUGCUGAUCCAACUCAAGUUCCUGAAGAGGCAGGACCUGCUCAACGUUCUGGCCAGGAUGAUGAGGCCCGUCUGUGAUCAAGUGCAAAUCAAAGUGACUCUAAAUGAAGACGACAUGGACACGUUUGUGUUUGCUGUUGGCACCAAGAAGGCGAUGGCCAAGCUCCAGAAGGAGAUGCAGGACAUGAGUGAGUUCUGCGGUGACAAGCCAAAGUCCGGAGCCAAAUUUGGGCUCCCUGACUCUCUGUCUAUUCUAAGUGAGAUGGGCGAAGUCACAGACGGGGUGAUGGACAACAAGAUGGUGCAUUAUAUCACCAAUAAUGCUGAAAAGAUCGAGUCCAUUCAAUUCUCGGACCAAUUUUCUGGUCCAAAAGUUACGCAAGAGGAGGGUCAGCCCUUAAAGCUGCCCGAGACCAAGAAGACGCUGCUGUUUACCUUUAAUGUGCCUGGUAUGGGCAACACUUCUCCCAAAGACAUGGAUUCUCUGCUCCCCCUCAUGAACAUGGUGAUCUACAGCAUCGAUAAAGUCAAGAAACUCCGUCUCAACCGAGAGGGCAAAAUGAAAGCUGACAGGAACCGGGCCCGUGUGGAGGAGAACUUCCUGAAGCAGACUCACGCUCAGCGGCAGGAGGCGGCACAGACGCGCCGGGAGGACAAGAAGAGAGCCGAGAAGGAGAAAAUCAUGAACGAGGAGGACCCUGAGAGACAGCGUCGCCUGGAGGAAGCGUCCCAGCGACGUGACCAGAAGAAGAUCGAGAAGAAGCAGAUGAAGAUGAAGCAGAUCAAAGUGAAAGCGAUGUGAAGGACCACCACAGUGGUUACAAGCACACAUGAAGGAGGUGCUCAGCUCGCCGCAGCUCUGGCUCAGUCGCUCUCAACAGACAUCCUGUGCCUCCCGGUGUGUCAACUUCUGCUGUCUCUGUUCCCACCUGCUCUAUUUGGUGUGGCUCAAGCCAAAUGACGAGAGAGUGAACUAUCGAUGUCAAGUGGGAGGGACCUUUUUCCACCGUCACGACACCACAUUUUUGUAUCGUUUUCAAAUUAAUUGGCUCUCUGUUUGAAAGCUGUGUUGCUCGGGAGCUAUUUAAGCUUCAUCUGCUGGGAAAGAACACACUAUUUAGUGGUUUUGAGCCAUGUUUUUAAAAUGCAUCGUUGUGUGUUCAUUGGAAAUUUAUUAGCAUUAAUAUAAUCUUGAAAGAUAGUAUCAAAGAAAUUUUAAUUUAUAUCUGAUGUUGGUUUUUUGCAGGCUGUUUCUAAUUAUUAACUGAGCAAACCUAAUAAAAUGCACUGGAGUCUGUUGGAAAACUG